ACAAGAGAGAUAACUAUGGAGGAAGGAAUAAAAGAGGAAUUUAAUUAUGACGAGGUCCUGGCAUACAUUGGACAAUUUGGGAAAUUCCAAAAGAAAAUAUUCAUCUGGCUGUGGUUGGUUUCUGGAGUUACAGGCCUGUCUGUUGUAACCUUUGGAUUCACAGCAUACACGCCUAACUAUAGAGUAGCUACAGAAUGUGAUUUGAUGAACAGCAGCUAUAAUUUCGAUACAGAUAGUUUUAGUGUUCCAUUCUGGUUCAGAAACAAAAAUGAUAAUAUUUCUUUGGAUUUAAGAAAUCAGGAUUGCAGGAUACCCAGUGUUGAAAAGAAUGAUGAAGGAGAAUGUGUAAAUGUUUAUUUUUCAAAUGAGAGUAUUGAGAUAAACAGCAGUGACAUAAAUCAGCUGAUAUUUGAUCGUACAAUCAUGCGCAGUACUCUGGUGGAGGAAUACCAGUUCGUCUGUGAUAGAUCUUAUAUUCGUCCAUACAUCAGUGCACUGUUUAUGCUAGGAAUGCUUUUUGGAUCUUUUUUAUUUGGUUUUUUAUCGGAUACUUUUGGAAGAAUAAAGACCCUGAUGUUGGCAAUUCUGUGGCUUUCAAUGGCUGGAUUUUUGGGUUCUUUCUGUAUGGGGACUUCAGGGGUUAUAGGUUUCGGAGUCCUUAGAGUUUUGACUGGUAUGGGAUGUACUGGCUCAUACAUAGCUGCCUUCGUGCUUGGAAUAGAACAUGUAGGAUAUAAGUUUACAAUGCUGAUGGGAAUUGCCUUUGUAAUCCCAUUUGCUGUCGGUGAAGCUGUUUUUGGAAUAGAAGCUUAUUUGAUCAGAGAGUGGCAGAUACUUCAGAUCGUUGCAUACCUACCAAUAGCAUUACUUCUAGCAGUUUACUGGUGUGUACCUGAAUCGGUAAGAUGGCUGGUAGCGCAUAAUAAGUUUGAUCAGGCAAAAUCAAUCAUCAGGAGAGUUGCAAAGGAAAAUGGAAGAGAAUGCCCAGAGCAUCUUUUAAAGCACUUAACUCCAAUGGAUGAUAAACCUAUUUCUACAAAGACAACAAGGAAGACGACAAUUCUAGAUCUCUUUAGUACAAGACUGAUCCUCACCAGAAGUCUUAAUAUGUUUUUUCAGUGGUUUAGUGUUACAAUGUGCUAUUAUGGACUAACAUCAGCAUCCACAACAUCCUUUGCUGGAGAUGUUUACGGAAACUUCUUGCUCAGUGUUCUGAUUGAAAUCCCAAGUUACUUAUUUUGUAUAUUUCUCAUGGAUAUUUGGGGAAGAAGACCUAUACUCUCAUUCUGCCAGAUCAUUUCUGGUGUAUCUUGUAUCAUCAUUGCAUUCUUGGAAGGUUCAAAUCUCCAAGGUGUAGAGGUAUUAAUUACAGUAGGUUUUAGUUGAGAGGGUACAAAAGUUGAAACACAUAUUUCAUAUUUCAGUUUCCUUGGAUAAUUUUUCUUUUUUGUAAAAAGAAAAUGCAUUUUUUAGUUGAAGAUGACCAUACACCCAACAUAGCCUUGGCAAAAAUUCGGUUUACUUUAGGGGUCGAGGGUAAUUUUGAACAGGCUACAUUUGUUCCUGAAAAAAUAAGAUUGAUAGCUAAACUUACAGUCUCAAAUGGAUCACAAAGUUUUAGAUUGAAAGUAAUAUUUUAGCGUGGUGGGCCAUUGAGGCAAUUUUUAUAAGUUUAGGAAGCCUGCAUCAAUAUCUUUGGAUUACAAAUUAUAAUUUAAUUUUGCAAAAGACAACAUUUGACAUAAUAAAAGUUUUGUUAUUCACUGGUUUACUAUGGUUAUACCAGGGGGCGGGCAUAAAUCUCCUAAUUUUGCCUGGCUAGGUUUAUACUGUACAGUGAAUUUUGUCGAAAAAUGUUUCCUUAUGACUGAGUUGGUAUCAUAGAGUACAGUGGGUUUAAUCCUAAGUACAUCUAUUUGUACGGUAUUGUGUGGACAGUUAUUUUUAAUAUUUUUCAACAAUGAGAUAUUGUAGUGUCAAAAAUUGUGUAAACAACAAUGUUUCGGGUUCAGAAGUUUUUCAUAACAUACGAAAAUCUGACAAGUGGAAGUGGGUCAAAACAAAGAUUUAGUUUG